GCCAUGCAGCUGCCACCCUUCGACAUGUGGAAGGACUACUUCAACCUGAGCCAGGUGGUGUUGGCACUGAUCCAGAGUCGGGGGCAAGGGCCGGAGGCCCAAGGGACCGGGGAGCCGAGACCUGGGCCCCAGCUGGAGCAGGAUCAGGGGCAGGGAGGGCGGGGGGCCAGUGGGGGGCUGGCCACCCUGUGCAACUUUUGCAAACACAACGGGGAGUCUCGCCACGUGUACUCCUCGCACCAGCUGAAGACACCAGAGGGCGUGGUGGUGUGUCCCAUCCUGCGGCACUACGUGUGUCCCCUGUGCGGGGCCACGGGGGACCAGGCCCACACACUCAAGUACUGCCCGCUCAACGGAGGCCAGCAGUCUCUCUACCGCCGCAGCGGGCGCAAUUCGGCCGGCCGCAAGGUCAAGCGCUGA